GGCAUUCUUUCCUAAGGCACUUUAGAACCUAAAGUAAAAAAUCCCUGAAGAAAAAAUGUGUAAAAAAGAUAAAGAAUGAAGAAUGGAGUGUAUCGUGGGAGAAGUAAGAAGUGAGAACAUAACCGUAGAGAAAUGAUUGUGUCAAGAGCAAUGAUUUUUCAGAUUUGAAUUAUGUUAUGUUAUCUGUGUUAUCAGUGAUUUCUCCAAUUCAUAUGAAGUUUUUCAUGAAAUAAAGUUGGAAUGAAACCAGAAUAAAGUGCGAAUUCAUCAUGACUUCAGCAACUAUAGAAUUUGCAGUUCAAAUGACAUGUUAUUCUUGUGAAGAAUCAGUGAAAAAUAGUCUACAAAAUGUGCCUGGGAUUGAGCAUUUUCAAAUUGAUCUCGAAACUCAAAGAGUUGUUAUAAAGAGCCAGCUGCCCUCAUUGGAAAUUAUGAAGUUGUUGGAAUCCACUGGAAAAAAAGUCACUAUUAAAGGUUAUGCAGGGGGACAAGCAGCAGUAUCUAUAUUAGAAGCAGGAAGUGCAAGUAUAAAAGGUGUAAUUAGAUUCAUUCAAGCAACACCCAAUACAUGUAUCAUCGAUGGUACUGUUGAUGGAUUGAAAUCUGAUGGAGGUCUCCACUGUUUGUCUAUCCAUGAGUGUGGAGAUAUUUCCUCUGGUUGUGCAAAUGUUGGUGACAUACUCACCUCCAAUGACACUCUUCCUGGUAAAACUUAUGGUGAUUUGGGAAAUAUUUUUAGUGAUGAGAAUGAUAGAGCUCAAUUUCGGUUAGAAAACAACAUUGUGAAAGUGUCUGAAAUAAUUGGCCGAUCACUUGUAAUUUCACGGGCUUCUGACAAUAAUGGUGCUGGUGCUUGGAAUAACAUUGUUUGUGGGGUAAUUGCCCGUUCUGCAGGACUCUUUCAAAAUCCAAAAACAAUUUGUGCCUGUGAUGGUACAACUAUUUGGGAUGAAGCUUCCAAGAAGUCUCAGCUUUAGUUUGUUUUUAUUCUAGGCAAUAAUGCAUUUCCUCAUUUUCUUAUUCUUUUUUGGGUAGGUAACCUUGAAGUUUUGAAUUUUUGAUACUAGUUCCCAUUAAUUUUGAGAUUGAAGUCCCACAAUUCUCAAACUCUCACAAUUCCUCUUGAAUU